CAUCCCUGCCUAUCCCAGACCCGUAACUGAGGAUGUCCCUGAGUCCCUAACCAGACCAAUAGAUAAAACUAAAAUAAGCCAAUAUUCAAAACAUAGUUUCACCGAAGCGACGACGUCUGUCUCGCCGGCUGCAGCAAAGUAAACCGCCAACAAGCAAUCGCUGGCAAUGGAGCCGGGGCAAACUCCAAAGCUAUCGUCUUUGCGAUGGCAAAUUCUUCGUCGUGCCCUCCGCCAACGCCCCUCCUCUGCACCCGAUAAUCAGUGUGAUGGAUUCCGUUUGGAAUCAAUUUCUCGAAGAGCGAGAUAUGGAUUUGAUUUGAUACCGUGGCAUGUGGUGGGUGAAGGCAGGGGUGUUUCAGAUUCAUUCUCUGACAGGGAAGCUUGUUUGUGCUACACUUUACCCCUCCCUAAUUCACCCAUGCUUUUCCUACGCCAAAGAUGGGAGGCUUCUGUUGAUCUCCAUGAUUUUGAAGUCUGUAAUCAAUAUGACAUUGACAACACAGGACUUGUCUGUCAGUGGCCUUCCGAGGAAAUACUUGCUUAUUAUUCCAUGUCACAUCUGAGUAGCUUCAGGGGUAAAAAAAUAAUUGAACUUGGAUCAGGCUAUGGGUUGGCUGGUCUUGUUAUUGCAAUGGCUACUGAAGCUUCAGAAGUUGUGAUAUCUGAUGGAAAUCCUCAAGUUGUUGAUUAUAUACAGCGAAACAUAGACGCCAACUCGGCCUCAUUUAAUGGUACAACGGUGAAGUCGAUGAUACUGCAUUGGGAUCAGCAUGAAAUUGCUGAUAUGGUUGGUACCUUUGAUGUCAUUGUUGCAAGUGACUGCACAUUUUUUAAGAAAUUUCACAAAAGCCUUGCUCAAAUUAUCAAGCACUUGCUGAAAGAGAAUGGUCCUGCCAAAGCCAUACUUUUCAACCCAAAAAGAGGUGACUCAUUGGAUAUGUUUCUUGCUGCAGUUAAGGAUACUGGGUUGCAAUUCAACCUCAAUGAGACCUAUGAUAUGGAAGUGUGGAAGCGACACAUGAAAUUUAUCAGUGGUGAUCCGUCCUGGCCCAAUUACGAGCCAGAUCACUGCUACCCUCUAUUGAUCAGCAUUACCCGAUGAACAUUAUACUCUGCCUACGACGUUUCUCUUCUGCCACAAGAAGUUUUGGCUUGGUUAAUUUGGACUAACAUUGUGCCCAAAAAGGUGGUUGGUCAUGCGCUGUAGAGCUCGUACAGUCGGUCUCAAAUAACAAUUUUCAAGAUAGUUGAUGAUCGAUUCGCUUAUGUUAAAUAAUACUGUCGGAGUCAGGGUCAGAGCCAGAGCCGGAGCAAUACUCUCCAUCAAUCUUGCGCAGCAGCAGUUAUUAGGUAAAUCAUCCAAAGAUUUGUGGACUUUUGUAAUAUAACUUGUUUUUGAUAUAGUACUUUAGGAAAUGUGAAGUUCUAUGCCGACAAACAACAACAGUUAGGCCCUGUAAAAGAUAGUCUAGUAAUGUGGAUGUAAACUUAUGACUAUGGAUUCUAAUCCGGACGCAUGUAGGUCUUGUUUUU